ACGUAUUUAUGGGUGAAAUGCCAUUUACCCAUAUUUGAGUACAAGUAGUUCAUAAAAAUAUUGGUAAUAUUUACCUAUUUAUGAGUACAACAUUAUAGGUAAAAUUCACCUAAAUAUGGGUAAUAUUUUUUUGUUUGUUCUUUACUGUCACAUUGCAUAAAAUUCAUUUUUCACGUAAUAAAAAAUAUAUAAAUAUUGCGCAGAUUCCUCCUUCUUAGACACCUGCGCGAGAAUUAUUCGCGUUUUUUUUUCCCCGUGUCACACACACAUAUGCAUGGGCACUUUUUGACGUUUCUAUGUUUGUAACCAUUCUAAACUGACUGUGCACUCUGUAAACAAAAACAACCUGCUGUGUUGGAAAUCUCUUCAAGCAAUUUUGUGUAAAAACAAACUGUGAUUCAUAAUUUCCCUUUUCCGUGAAUAACUACCAAUGACGAGCUCCAAAAAAACUGCGGUUAGACUUGGAGGAAAGCGGUGAACCAGCUAUACACAGUCCUGAAAGUGGUGCUCUUUUCUUAAAUGAAGAAUAUUUGGAGCAGCUCGAAGGAACAUCCAGUGAUCCUCUGAGUGCUCAUAUAGAUUACGAUCCAAAUUUAUCUGAAUCCCAAUUUUCGGAUGCAGAACAGGUAAAGAACUUGAACGAAGGUUUUUCGCGAGAUAAGCUGCCUGCUGGUCUUUAUGGGUGCUGGUUGCUGGUAGCCGUUCGGAAUUUUAAGGGACACAGCUCCGGAAAAGAAGUAGGCAGAUGGGGCGUCGCUGGAAAUUCCGUGGAUGAAUUUAUGAACAGUUGCUGGAAGCUAUCACAUACAUUUUUGAAGCGGGAGGGGGUAUUCACUUGCGACGAAAGUGGUGUAGCAAAACCAUCAUGGAGUGAGAAAGUUUCUCCAGAGGAAGACGACUUUGUGAGAUUUGCACUUUUCAACGAUAAGUCUGUGCGAGAUACGUUGAUGGGACCCGGCACAUUAGACAAAUCCGGAGCUGCUUCUAACGCAACAAUAGAUGAACUAAGCGCAAAACUUCGAGGUGAGCAUGGCCUACAUUGGGAAGCACAUAAUGUUGCAUGGAUGAUGUGGGCAAAUGUGAUUGCAGUAUCAGCGAGAGUAUCAGAGCCCCAUGUUCAAGAAGGAAUGAUAUACGAUGCUCCUCCUGCCCAUUUGGCUAAAUUAUUCCGGGCCAAAGAGCAACCACGAGUGCAAUCUAUUUCCCGAAAUUUCUCCAUGGCCCACAGUGUUAAUGACGGUUACCAAGACGAUAUCUCGGCUAUCAAACGCAGUUUUAAUCAGCUGGAGGAGAUGCUUCGUGGCGUUAAUAAGGGAAUGCAACUUUUGAAGAAACAUAUUGAGUCACUGGAAUCAAGAGAAGUUUUGGGGGAUUCAUUUUUGUCAGCAGCGGAGCAAGCAGUGCUUGUUGAGGAAACGGGUUUUAGUUCUUCAUUGGCUCGGAAUGUUACUGAUGCAGAAGAUGUUGAUCACAUGUGAUUAAUUACGCUACAUUGAACGCAUUAUAAAUCGGACACGAAAUGAUUUCAAGUUGUUUGGUAAAACUUACCAUUUAUCGAUUUUAUUUCUGAUGAACUGUUAAAAAAUAAACGA